CUGAGCUGAGAAGGAAGCAAUGACCAUACAAAAAUAGAGAGAGAGAAUUGUACAGUAGAAAGUGUAGGGAGCAGUUUGACUUAGGUUAGAGAAUAUAACCUUAAUAUAAAGGCCUGAAGAAUGAUAACAUUGGAUUUAUGAAGAAUUAAACAAUAAUUUUCCCUUCAAAAUAUGGCUGGUCCAUCAAGUUUGUCUCUUAACGAUGCAGUUCUGAAGAAAACAUCAAAUAUUUCACCUUUGAAAGAAAAAGUUUCUGGUUAUGAUUGGAGCCAUGGUUUAGAUUAUAAUAAAAUACUUCAGAGUUAUUUACACACUGGAUUUCAAGCAACAAAUUUUGGACUAGCAGUCGAAGAAAUCAAUAAGAUGAUCAACUGUAGACAAUUACCAAUUCCUAAAGAAAAAUUUAUUGACAAUGAUGAUGAAUUUACUGCAGUUAAAAAUAAUUGUACAAUUUUUUUGGGUUACACUUCUAAUUUGGUUUCAAGUGGCCUGAGAGAAACUAUAAAAUUUUUGGUUGAGCAUAAAAUGGUAGAUUGCAUUGUAACUACUGCAGGAGGAAUUGAGGAGGAUUUAAUUAAAUGUCUUGCCCCCAGCUUCAUGGGAGACUUCAACAUGGAUGGUAAAACUCUUCGAGAGUGUGGGAUCAAUAGAAUAGGAAAUUUACUUGUUCCAAAUGAUAAUUACUGCAGUUUUGAAAAUUGGGUAAUGCCUAUACUAGAUGGCUUAUUGAAAGAACAAAAAGACGGAGUCUUAUGGACACCCAGUAAAAUAAUUGAAAGACUAGGAAAAGAGAUCAAUGAUGAAAGAAGUAUAUAUUAUUGGGCUUCAAAGAAUAAAAUUCCUGUAUUCUGUCCAGCCCUAACAGAUGGAAGUAUUGGAGAUAUGAUGUUUAUGCAUUCAUUUAGGAAUCCUGGUUUAGUAGUAGACAUUGUUUCAGAUUUACGAAGACUCAACUUGAUGGCAAUGAAAUCUUUAAAUACAGGAAUGAUCAUAGUAGGAGGGGGACUUAUGAAGCAUCAUAUAUGUAAUGCAAACUUGAUGAGGAAUGGCGCAGACUUUGCAGUUUAUCUUAACACUUCACCCGAAUUUGAUGGCAGCGAUUCUGGAGCAAAACCAGAUGAGGCAAAGUCAUGGGGAAAAAUAAAACCUAACGCUACUUCUGUAAAAAUAUAUGCUGACGCCACAUUGAUUUUUCCUUUGUUGGUAGCUCAAACAUUUGCAAAAUGUUUUAAGUGACUGAAUGAAUUCCAGAUGUAUAUACUAAAGUGGAAAAAGUUUCAAAUAAAACAAGUUUUAUAUA